AUAAAAAAAAUUCCCCCUUCAUAUAUAGGCUCUAUUCACCCAAAUGUGCACAAGUCUUAAACCCCCAACUUCAAUACUGAAUGAAGCUUAAACCUUAACCCCAGCGCAAGCAAAAUUGGCUCAAAUCGAACAAGCUUCAUGGCAAGUAACGGCGAAAGCUCUUCGGGGACGUUCCAGUCGACGGCCGAUAAGCCUGUGAUUGUUAGGGUUAAGCGCAAAGUCUCUCAGGCUCCUCUCGAUGCUUUCUGGCUGGAAAUCAAUGAGAGACCUUUGAAGCGCCCAUUUUCUGAUUUUCAGAAACUAUCGAUAUCUGAAUCUUCCCAAAAAGAGGAGUUGAAGAGUAAGAAAGUAUUUGUGCGGCAUGUUGAUACAGCUAUAAGCUCUGAGGCUACUGUUGAUUUUGUGCAAUCUUUUAUGGUAAUCAAUAUGUUGCCGAAUUCCACUGAUGCUACUAACGGUGCUGCAAAGAGUCAGGAAGGAAGGCACCCUCAUAAAACUAAUAAUCGACAAGAGCAGCUAUCUAAAUCCAUCCAAAAACAAGAGGCAAUUGCACAAAAUGCUCGUUUUGAACAAAUAUGGCGGAGCAGAAAAGGUAAGAAAGAGGCAGUGGAUGAAAUGUGCCAUUUCUAUGAUGUUGUUCGUGUUGAUGUUGAGGAAAGCUCUAAUAGCAUACAAGUUGAUGAAGAGAUAUCAUUGGCUGAUCAGAAGCUUUUAUCUAGUUAUUUGCCUCUACUGAGAGAAUUUAUUCCUACAGCUGCUGCAGAAAUUGAAUCUGAUAUGCGAGCUUACAUGUUUGAAAAAGAUGAAUAUGUGUAUGACUACUACACUGUGAAGGAUGACAUGGAUGUAGAUGAGGACACAGCUUCAAAUUUAUUCCCGUUGGUACAGGUUGAUGAUCAGGAUUUCUAUGAUGUGCCAUAUGAGUCAGAAUAUGAUAGUGAAGAUUCAAAUGCUGAAGAUAAUCCAAGAAAUGAUUAUCCUGAUGAAAUAUCUGAAGAGGGGGAGGAGGAGGAGGACGACGACGACGACGAUGAGGAUGAGGGAGUGGAGAGUAAAGCUGCUGAUCAAUCAGAAGAGGAAAGUAACAAUUCUUCAGAAGUUGGGAAUGUGAGAUGCAAUGGAUCCGUUGAAGAUGGAGACUUGUUAUAUGAAGACGAGAUUUAUGAUGCUUUCUAUGGUGAUGCUAAUCAUCUUGAUGAUGGUAAUAGUGAUGAUACUCAGGGUGAAGAUUGGAGAUGGUCCUAUAGGUGAAACAUGGACUUAAUGGAUAAUUAAAGCGAGUUGUCUGGACAUCAUGGUAGAUCACAGAUGAUUAUAUAUAUAUAUAUAUAUAUAUAAUGCCGUUCACAAUUAGAUCCAAACGGAUUUAGUGUUGCAAAGACAUCUUGGAGGACUUGCAACAUCAUUGUUAUUGUUAAUAUCCUAGUUAUUCUGACAAUGGAACCAAUUGCCACUAAAGUCUUUUAAUUUUUUGGUAGUAGUAGUAGUAUUAUAAUGUUAUGAUGUAAUGCCAUGUAAUGAUGCUUAUUUUCACAGAUUCAAAACACAUUGACUCGAUACUUAACUCUCUGCAGUCUUACAACUUGCAAAGUAAAAGUGGGACACCAAACUAAUGCAAACUUUUUCUU